AUGUGUGAAAGCUGCAGAUUUAAACAUAAUGAGAGGAGGAAAAAGAGCUACCAGAAGAUGAAGAGAGAGGGCAUAUGCACCGUGUGCGCAUCAAAAAAGGCUGUCCCGGGGUUUCUCGAGUGCCAAGCCUGCUCUCUCAGACGCCAGGCGAUCAGGGCGGAAGCAAAGCGCUCAAAAGGAGUGCUUUGCGGUACUUGCAAAACGCAGCUUGUGCACGAUGGCACCGGUUACUAUUUCACUCAUAACCACACACAGUUGAAUCACAACUUUGGGAGGACGCAGAAUAGGAAGAUGGGAGAGCUCGCUAAUAGCGUCUCUCAGAAGCGCUAUCAGGUUCAUAACACUGUCUACUAA